CAGUCUUAUCUUUUUUUCCUUUCAUUCUAUUGACACCAUGUCUCUCAACAGACUUCCUUCCUUACCAGACUUUGAACAACUAUCUGAUCGAGUAUGGCGCGUCAUGGGUUUAAAUCCAAGUAGUUUUUGUCUCCAAGGCACCAAUACAUACCUUAUUGGACUGGGAAAUCGUAAAAUCCUUAUUGAUACAGGUGAAGGUGAAUUAGGGUACCUUCCUUUACUACGACAAUCUUUGAAAACCAUUUCUCCUGAUGCUUUUAUAUCGGAUAUUCUUAUCAGUCAUUGUCAUCAUGAUCAUUUUGGAGGUCUUUCAGAUAUUCUUCAAUCUGAUCUGAAUGAUCCUAUUCUUCCUAUUCGGGUACACAAAUAUCCAUUAUCAUUGGACAGUCAUGAUCAUCAUUUUCAUAUGGACGGUUUUCCCAAAGAUGCACCUUUAGAAGAUUUACAUGAUCAUCAAAUCUUUCAUUUGGAUAACGACAACAAGACAACCACCCUUCAUGUUAUACAUACACCUGGUCAUACAGAUGAUCAUUGCUGUUUCUGGUUGGAAGAAGAAAACGCUAUAUUUACUGCCGAUUGUGUCCUUGGUCAUGGUUCUGUAGUCUUCAAUAAUCUUUCAGCUUAUAUGUCAAGUUUACAAAAGUUGGAAACGUUGGCACCUACUCGUCUAUAUCCUGGUCAUGGUGUUGUAGUAGAAGAUGGUGUCAAUAGAAUUCGACAGUAUCAACGUCAACGAUUAGAAAGAGAAUCUCAAAUUAUACAACUGAUGCGAUCGGAAAAACCUGCUCAUGGAGGUCAUUGGACAGCAUUGGAUAUUACUGAAAGUUUGUAUGGUAGUGAAAUGUCAACAGAUUUGCAACCGGUGAUUGUACGUGGUAUUGCUUUACAUAUGUUGAAAUUACAAGAAGAAGGACGAGCAAAAAUCUUGGAUGGAUCUACUUUUAAUCAAAUGGAAAUGUAUACAAUGAUGCAUAAAGAAUGGUGUUACAUUGAAAAAAGUCAUUUAUGA